AUGGCGGCCGAGCUGCGGGAGCGCGUCGCCAAGCCGCAUAUCGACCAUUACUUGUCCCCAGACACAUCCGGCCUGAAGAAGCCCAAAUCAUCCUCGAACGAAAUCAAGAGCGACACGAAGCGAGAAGCGCGGCAGGAGCACCCUGCCGGCGACGAGAAGUAUGGCCGGGUCGUUGCGAUCCUCAGGCGCCUCGCCUUUGUGUCCUACUUUGCCAUCUGCGUCUGCACCAUCAUGCUCACCCAGUUCAUCGGUGCGCCGCUUUACUGGUACAACCGCGACUGGUACUACUCAUGGAUGUCCAUGACCAAGGCGCACUUUGGAAUCACCAUCACCACCAUGACCAAGUGGUGGGGCCCUACGAUAAUCCGCAUCAGCGGCGACGACUCAAUGGACGGCCAGAUCCGCCAGAAGCCUGACGGCACUGUCGAGUUCGCCUUCCCCGAGCGGCUGGUCAUGAUCGCCAACCACCAACUCUACACGGACUGGCUGUACCUGUGGUGGGUGGCUUACGCCAACAGCCCGCAGAUGCACGGUUGGAUCUACAUAAUCCUCAAAGAGUCGCUCAAAUACAUACCCAUCAUCGGCACCGGCAUGAUGUUCUACGGGUUCAUCUUCAUGUCGCGCAAGAUGGCCGUGGACAAGCCACGCUUGGCUCACCGACUCCAAAAGCUCAAGACCUCGAGCGCUGACCCCAGCGCCUCGGCCGGCCGUUCCCUGAACCCCAUGUGGCUGCUUCUCUUCCCCGAGGGUACCAACGCAUCCAAGAACGGCAUGAUCAAAUCCGCCAAAUGGGCCGAGAAGAUUGGCGUCAAGAAUCCGCAGCACAUGCUGCUUCCUCGCAGUACCGGUAUGCACUUCAUCCUGAGCGAGCUCAAGGGUACGGUAGAUUAUGUGUAUGACUGCACUGUUGCAUAUGAGGGAAUUCCACGAGGUGAUUUUGGCGAGCAAUACUUUACCCUCUCCAGCACCUACUUCGAAGGCCGCCCACCCAAGUCUGUCAACUUCCAUUGGCGCCGCUUCCGCGUGGCCGACAUCCCGCUCGACACCCCAGAGGCGUUUGAUGAGUGGAUGCGCGAGCGCUGGUACGAGAAGGACGAGCUCAUGGACAAGUACCUCACCGAUGGGCGCUUCCCAUCGAGCAAGGUGGCCAUCGUGGGCGCCAAGUCGUCAGACGAUGCAUAUAUAGAGACCGAGGUCCGGCCAAGGUGGGCAGGGGAGGUGAUACAGCUGUUCUCUGUCGUAGGGUUGGUAUUGGUAGUUUCCAACUUUAUUCUCAGGGCUUGGUCUCGGAUCUUCUAG